CGCGAGCUUGCCAAAAACUGCCUGUGCCCACGCGCAGGCUACCGUUGUUCUAUCCCAGGCCAUCUCGCCUCUGUGUCUUCCUCCCACACCUCACCACUCACCACUCACACAUCUUGUGCCUGAUACGGGUCGGCACAUCUCGCGAUUGACCCUCCCCCACGCUUUCCCUACCCUUCCACAGCGCGUUCUUUGGCGGCCAUUGUCGUCAAAUGAACCUGCAACACCGACGCGCCCUGAGAAUAAUAUCUCACCCUUCCAAUCCGAAGGGUUGUUCCGUCUCCUAAAUGGUCUUUAAGAGCUUUACCCUCGCGCGCCAGAGUCUUGCGAAAGGCUUCACCCACGGAUACGCACAGAGCGUCGUCGCGUCAGUCACCCAGCAGAACCCCCUUGCAACCUUCAACCACGACCGCCUCCGCAAGGCAGGCGCAAACAAAAACCAGCAUGCUUUCGCAUCUACAUCAACCACCAGCGCCCUAAAGGCGCUUGGCGCACCCGACGCGCAAGACUCCGGUCUUGCCGCCUACUACGCUGCAUGGCAAAAGCACCGCAAUGUCGAGGACAAGGAGUGGUCGCAGUUCCAGUUCCGCAAGCUCAUCGAGUGGCAACCUUCCUCUGCAGGCACGAAGAGCCCCGCGGAGGCUGAGAGCAAUGUCAUCGUCGAGGAGGGGGAUGAGGAUGCGGACGUCAUUCCAGCACGCGCCGGCGUGACCCGCGCCUACAGCACCAGUCAGAUCGACGAUUUCAGAACCAUUGUUAGCGAUGAGCAGGUCGAAGAGAUUGCGUUGUCGCAGGUCGACGAGGCGAUUGCGCAAGAGGCAGCCAAGAUCGAGGCGUUGCGGUCUCGAAGCGGCACGCCCGUCUCCCAGAAAGAGGUGGCGAUUGAAGAAACACCAUCGGACGUCGACACUCUGGUGAACUCGACUACCCUAAGCCGCACCGACUCAACCAUUGCUGUUAGCCCUAUCGAGGCGGUCGAUGCCCACAUUCUCCACCUUGAGAAGCUUGCUGAGAGCCAGAAGUAUGGCGACAUCCCUGCCGUCUUCGAGUCUAUGCUCCGCUCCGGCGUCAAGCCGUCGGUCUCUGCAUACAAUGCUCUCUUGUCUGCGGCCAUCAAUCUUCCCAAGAGCAAGCACCAGGUCGUCCCCAAGGCCCUAGAUGUCUACUCGGACAUGCUCCGUCGCCGUGUCACUCCUGACACCGCCACUUACACUACGCUCAUCGAGCUUCUUUCCGACCGAUCGUUGGAAGUAGUAUCCACGAAGCAGACCCUCGAAGAGCACCGCCUUCGCUUCGGUGGGAUGGAAGAGGAGGGCAAGUUCAUGCUCAACUCCAACGAGACUGACUACGCCAUUCUUGCAGAAGACGGCUCUCUGUCGAUUGCUGUCCGCCUCUUCGAUGCCGCUAUCAAGGUGGAGUCCGGACGCACAUUCUCCGAGAAGACUUACCGCAUGCUUGUUGCUGCCUGUGCCGAGGGCGCUCGCGUUGAGGAUAUGGUGCGAAUUUUUGCUCACAUGGAGUCUCGCGGCGUCAUUCCAGCUGCGGAUAUGUUUGUCCCUAUGAUUCAUGCCUUCGGCCGGUCUGGCGAUCUCCGCAGUGCUGUUGAGUGCUACGACGAGUACAAGGCUCUCGCCAUCUCCAAUGACAACGGCAACAUCGCUCUCUCCCGUAAGGACAACGAAGUAUACGCCGCUCUCAUCAAGGCGUACGCCAUCUGCGGCCGCAUGGAGGGUGGCUGGAAGUUCCUGUCCAAGAUUGAGAAGAACCUGACUACUGCUGAGGAGGUCAUCUCGAUCCGCGACACUGUCAGCCUCAAGGCGUUCGUGCCUGAGUGGCUAAACAAGGGUGCGUUCCACGACGCUUUCGCCCACGCUGCUGAGCACAUGAGCCCGCAAGCACGCGAGGUUGCCAUGGCCGCUAUCUGCAUCAAGGCAGCCGACAAGAACAUAAUGGACGUUGCUUCUGACGCUUUCGACGCACUGCCGGCCGACGUAGAUCUUACACGACCUGCCAUGGCAAUGGGUGCCAUGCACAUCCGCAACGGGAACAUUGAAGCCGCUGAAGUGUUCUGGAGGAUGCUGGAGCUUUCUCCUACCAAGCCUUCCUUCGUCGAACCCACCGCCAUGCACAGCAUCGCCCUCAUCGGCAGCGGUCAGGCUGACCGUGGUCUCCGCCAGGGCCGUCAAAUGUUCGCUCGCAUCCGCGACUCUCAAUCCGCCUCUCAGCAGGCCAAGAUGGAGGUUGUGGAGCACAUUGACGAGGCCAUCGAAGUCAUGGGCCAGUUCAUGAUAAAGCGCGGAGUUAUCCUCCCCGCACGAGCUAGCAUGGAGCUCAUGUGGACUAUGAUCGAGAACGGUGGAUUGGUGACCCCCGUUGCUCAUCACUUACUCGCUGGUAUGGGUCCUGAAGCUGUUGCUCAGCUCAGCUUCGAGGACGUUACCCUCCUUAUGCAGGUCCAAUCUGGAAUCAUCCUCAACUCUACCGAGGUCGACAUUGCUCACGCCGCCCGAUUUUCCCAUCUUCUUGAAGUUAUUACAUCGUUAGGCGCGCCCGUGAACAAAGCGACAUCCGGUUUAGUGGAGAAGGUUCUUGUGAAGCUUGACCGAGGAGACCUCCAGCAUCGGUGGUACAGCUAUAAGCAUCCGGCUCCGGAGGCUAUCUACUCUCCGGCGUCGUUUGCUGCAUAUCCCGUGCCGCCUCCUGCACCAGUGGUUGCUCCCACCUUCGAAGACUCCUACGAUCCGUAUGCCGCUACUACGGACAACAAGGGCUCCGUGUCCAUCACUGAGCUCCUCGAGAAGACCCACGGACGGUCUGCGUCACACUUGAACGAGGCUCUGAUGAGGUUCAAGAAUAUGCGCCGUGCUGGACGACACCCUCGUUUCUUCACGUACGCUAAGCUCAUCACUGCUGCCGCGAAGGAGGACCGCUUGAACCUCGCCCACGACAUCCUCAACCUCGCCAAGCAGGAUGUGCCUCUGCUUCCCCAGUACCGCAUCGUCCGUUACGGCUGGGUUACGAUCUUGGACGCAAUGGUUGCUGCUUGCCUCACAACUGGUCGCCGCGAUCUCGCUGCUCAGUACCAUCAGGAUCUUCUCGAGAUGGGCGCUGCUCCUACCGCCAACACUUUCGGUCUGUACAUCACCACGCUCAAGGAGUCUACCAAGACCUUUGACGAAGCUACCGAGGCCGUCAAGAUCUUCCUCCGCGCCAAGACCGAAGGUGUCGAGCCCUCGUCCUUCCUCUACAACGCUCUGAUUGGCAAGCUCGGUAAAGCUCGUCGCAUCGACGACUGUCUCUUCUACUUCUCUGAGAUGCGCAACCUCGGUAUCCGCCCCACAAGCGUCACUUACGGUACCAUCGUCAACGCCCUUUGCCGCGUAAGCGACGAGAAGUUCGCUGAGGAGCUGUUUGAGGAGAUGGAGACCAUGCCCAACUACAAGCCCCGUCCCGCGCCGUACCACAGCAUGAUGCAGUUCUUUUUGACUACUAAGCGCGAUCGAAGCAAGGUUCUCUCCUACUACGAGCGUAUGCGUGCGAAGCGCAUUGAACCUACCACGCACACGUACAAGCUACUUAUCGACACAUACGCCACGCUUGAGCCCGUCAACAUGGAGGCCGCCGAGAACGUCCUUGCUCAGAUCCGCGAGGCUGGUGCGAUUCCGGAGGCAGUACAUUACUCUUCCCUGAUCCACGCCAAGGGAUGCGUCAUGCACGACAUGAAGGGCGCUCGCAAACUGUUCGACACUGUUCUUGCCGACUCUCGCAUUCGCCCGCAAGCCUGUCUCUACCAAGCCCUUUUCGAGGCAAUGGUCGCCAACCACCAGAUCGCCGACACUGAGCCUGUCCUCCGGGACAUGCGUGCUCGCGGCGUGGAGAUGACGCCUUACAUCGCCAACUCGCUCAUCCACGGUUGGGCUCUUGUGCACAACAUCGAGAACGCGAAAGCCAUCUACGAUGCUGUCUCCGAGGCCAAGCGCGAGCCCAGCACCUACGAGGCCAUGACGCGCGCUUUCAUGGCUGUAGAGGACCGCGCUUCUGCCAUGGCGGUUGUCAAUGAGGGUCUCUCCCGCGGCUACCCCGCCGCUGUUGCUGGCAAGAUCCUCGAGCUUGUGGGGGGCGGCCGUGCCGCGUCUGCUGCUGAUGUCGCUGCUUAAAUGCAUCCGCCAUCGGCUUCCCUUCGGUUCAAUUCGAUGAUCACCUGAGUUUAGAAGAGCAAUAUUUCCUUUGUAAUCCUGUUUUGCAACGGCCACCUUACCGUCAUGCCCCUGCGACGCGCCUCGGACGACACGAUGUCUCUGAUGGUGUACUGCAGCUGGGCACUCGCUUCUUGUGCUUCAAAAGUCGCUUUUACCUGUUUGUUCUAUUUAGCCUUUCCUAUGUAAAAGCGACGGCGUUGAUGGCGGCGGUGUAAGGAUGGGAUGGGAAGAUAUCCUGAUACCCCUUCGGAACGGUGUCGGGAUGGUGUACAGUAAGAUGGUUUUAGCCAGGGCAUUGCGUUUACAUUGCGAGCGGGAGUCUUUUCCUUGUGCGUAGCGUGUAUAAAUACCCGAGCGAUACCAUCUCCUCUCUAGACGGUUGGGGUGAACUGGAAGAUCGUGGCAUGACGAAUGAGCGUUCAUGCUGGUGUUCAGAACAUACAUAACACG